AUGAAGCGGUUACUACGACAAGAAGACCGAUUCGAGCUUUACAACCAGCAAAAUUGUCCCAGCGACGAUGAUUUUGUCGACAGCGUAGCACAACCAAGGAGUUUGUUCGAGGAAGUUUUGUCACCUUUUCGAAACAAAGGCGCACUACGCAAAAAAAUGAGGAAAGUGCGCGGUCGACCACAGACGUCAAACAAUGCCAGCACCGCGAACCCUGUCAACAAUUCGAAAGUUGAUUCCUCUGCGGAAAUACCCCAAAAUCUCACAAACCGUGAUGAAGACAAUCAAACUGUGAAGCGAAAGCUGGACGAAGUAAUGGAGAAGCUUCAGUCCAUUGAAGAGUCGGUUUCGAAGAUUCCGAAAAUCGAGAAUGAUAAAGAAUCAACAGAGCGCACAGAGGAUAAAGUCGAUGAUUCUUCUUCAAAUUCCAUGGUUUCGAAACCAGUACAAAAAGAAGAAAAACGAUUUGUAUUGAAGCACAUUUUCAAUAAUGUCGCGAGCUUUGACGAAGAAACGAAUCAUUGCAGUGUUCAAGAAAAUCAUUUCAACCUUGAUAGCUAA